GAAAGAAAAGACAGCAAAAAACCAAUCCAGUUAAACAUGAAUUAAUUCAAGGCAAAGAGCAUUAAAUUGGAAAAUGGCUCCAAUUUAUGAGAUACAAUUCAUAAAUAUUUAGGUAUAAAAUAUCGUAAGAUUAUACUUCUAUAAGACAAAAAAUACAAAAACCAUAAGGAGAUAGAUACAUAUCUGCAUUGAACAUGCACCUUUAAGUAAACCCAUAGACAACAGGAAUAAUAUUUCAAGGUUACUGAAAUAAAUAUGAAUCAAAUGCUCUAACUGGAUGGAAAACACCUACUGUUUAAACAUUCAUGUAGCAUUUGCAAAAAGUAACAAAGUAAAUUUCAAUACAUUCCAAAAAUAGAAUGGAAUAAUUUAUAAUAACUGAGAAAAUACAUCAAAAUAUGAAAAUAAUGAAAUAAAAUAGGAAAAAAAUGCCAAAUGGCUAAAACUGUACUCAGAGGAAAUUUCGUAGCUUUAAACACUUCCAUUUCAUUUUUUAAAAAUGUAAAUAAAUGACCAGAGCACAAAAAUCAAGUUAGAACAAAAAACAAAGGAAAAGAGAAAUAUUUACAAUAUAAAAGCAGAAAUUUUAAAAAGAGAAAAAUAAGACAGCUGGAAAAAUCUGAAUAAGGUCAGUAGGUUAUAGUAUUAUGCCAAUGUGAAUGUCCUGAUUUUGAAAAAUCAGGGUGAAGCAUAUACAAGUUCUUUGUGCUAUUUGCAACACUUCUUAUGUCUAAAAUUAUCUCAAAGUAAAGCUACUAUGCGGAAAAUAAUCUAAGAUUUAAGAAAUAAGAGAAUUAAGUGCUGCCGGGCACCGGGGCGGCGGGUUGGUGUACGCUGUGCGAGGCGGACGUCGGAGGCAGCGGGGAGGGGAGCGGGGCCGCCGGGGCCUCUCCAGGGCCGCAGCGGCAGCAGUUGGGCCCCCCGCCCCGGCCGGCGGACCGAAGAACGCAGGAAGGGGGCCGGGGGGACCCGCCCCCGGCCGGCCGCAGCCAUGAACUUCAACGUGGAGAACCUGCCCCCGCACAUCAUCCGCCUGGUGUACAAGGAGAUGACGACACUGACCGCAGACCCACCCGAUGGCAUCAAGGUCUUUCCCAACGAGGAGGACCUCACCGACCUCCAGGUCACCAUCGAGGGCCCUGAGGGGACCCCAUAUGCUGGAGGUCUGUUCCGCAUGAAACUCCUGCUGGGGAAGGACUUCCCUGCCUCCCCACCCAAGGGCUACUUCCUGACCAAGAUCUUCCACCCGAACGUGGUCGCCAAUGGCGAGAUCUGCGUCAACGUGCUCAAGAGGGACUGGACGGCUGAGCUGGGCAUCCGACACGUACUGCUGACCAUCAAGUGCCCGCUGAUCCACCCUAACCCCGAGUCUGCAUUCAACCAGGAGGCGGGCCGCCUGCUCUUGGAGAACUACGAGGAGUAUGCGGCUCGGGCCCGUCUGCUCACAGAGAUCCACGGGGGCGCCGGCGGGCCCAGCGGCAGGGCCGAAGCCGGUCGGGCCCUGGCCAGUGGCACUGCAGCUUCCUCCACCGACCCUGGGGCCCCAGGGGGCCUGGGAGGGGCUGAGGGUCCCAUGGCCAAGAAGCAUGCUGGCGAGCGCGAUAAGAAGCUGGCGGCCAAGAAAAAGACGGACAAGAAGCGGGCGCUGCGGUGGCUGUAGUGGGCUCUCUUCCUCCUUCCACCGUGACCCCAACCUCUCCUGUCCCCUCCCUCCAACUCUGUCUCUAAGUUAUUUAAAUUAUGGCUGGGGUCGGGGAGGGUACAGGGGGCACUGGGACCUGGAUCUGUUUUUCUAAAUAAAGUU